AUGUUGUUCAUUGUCAUCAUCCCUGUUCAGGAUGACCACACCAUCGUGUCCUAUCGGAUUUCUUCUGGGAAUACAGCUGGUUACUUCCAGAUGGAGCCCAGCACCGGUCAGCUUCUUGUCAGCGAGUCUCUAGCUACUUCGACGAAUCCCGAAGAACGUCAGUUUCAACUGCAAAUCGAGGCCACCGAUCGGAACGCCGUUCACAUCACCCUCCACAAUGUCUCUGUGUUUUUACGUUCGCCGUCGACUAAGCGGCUGGUCAUCGAACCAGAGAACGGUCUCAACAUCUCGUUGGUAGAACAUUUCAACAGUUCAACACCACACUACCUGGGUUAUUUGUACGUCCGCAACGCACCCCCCACGGAGACCUACUAUUUCGAGGUACUCAAUCCAGUGCCUGGACUAACGAUAGAACCGGCGACCGGUGCCCUCUUUGCUACGGGAGAGGGUCAAUUGGAUCGAGAGAAGGAGGGUCAAAACAUAACCCUUCGCGUACUAGCCCGUGAACGCUCAAGUAACAGCGUCGGCAUAGGCCUCGUGCGACUUUUUCUGGAGGACAUAAACGAUCAUGAUCCGGUCUUCCACGGACAGCCCUACCACGCCAUCUUUUGUGUGCGAGAGAAGCACAACAAGCAAACCACGUCUUUAGCAGCAAAGACCAAUGCUGCCACCGUCGCGUCCCCACCCACCAUCCUCCUCCCUCGUCUCAUACAGGCCUGUCAGACCAACUUCUUCAAGGUAAAUCAGGGACUAAUUCAGUUGCUUGAAUUUUAA